UUGCCGUUAUUGUCUAGAACUCUCUCUCUCUUUCUCUCUAGUCUCGCUCCCCUCAAGACACAUCUCUCACCGUCUCACACAUCUCUACUGAAACCUAAACCAAGUUCGAUCUAAAAAGCCUUUUCCUUUAGAUUCUCUCUUCUCAAUCAGAUCUCUCAACUACACAAUCAUGUCGGUUUUACUCCCUCUCUGUCUGAUUAUCUCCAUGUUUACCUAUUCACAUGCUGCCUACUGUGUGUGCAAAGAUGGGAACGAGCAAGUGCUUCAGAAGGCAAUAGACUACGCUUGUGGGAAUGGAGCUGACUGUAGCCAGAUCCAGCCCACCGGAGCUUGUUACCAACCUAACACCAUCAAAAACCACUGUGACGUCGCCGUCAACAGCUACUACCAGAAGAAAGCUUCUACAGGCGCCACCUGUGACUUUAACGGCGCCGCCACCCAAUCUCCGUCAGCAACUUCAAGCUGUUUAAGUGGUUCAAGCUCUAGUGGGACUCCAAGCACAGGAACGCCAACCACCGGAACCCCAACCAGUGGGACACCAACCAGUGGAACCCCAACUAGUGGAACCCCGACGAGCGGGACUCCAACCGGUGGGACUCCGACUAGUGGAACCCCAACUAGUGGCUUCCCAAACACCGGGACUCCUAGCACAGGGACUUCCACUGGGAUGCCAAAUUCCGGUACCCCGACCAAUGGGAUGCCAACUUCAUCAUCGUCUUCUGUGUUCCCGGGGACUACUCUUGGACCGACUGGUAGCGGACUAGGUGAUCCAAAUGCUGGAGAGAAGCUGUUAGUCCGAGCUAACACGGUCUUCUUCUUUUUAAUCGGUGUAGCUAUGCUUAUCGUGAACGCUUAGAAGUGACGCACGCUGUUGUGGAUGUAACUGGAAUUUGCUGAGAGAGAUCUUGCCAACGGGCUCGUCAUGGUUGAUAGAGCCAUCUACUUUUUUUCACUCGUCUUUCUAGGGUUCUAGGGUUUGGAAAUAGGUUGGCCGAGAGACAUGUAAUGCUGGUAGUAGCUAGUAUUUUGGUAUGUACAACUUAACUAAGAGCUGUUUCUUUGUUUUGUAAAUCCGGAGGAUGGGAUGCUCUUUUGUUUCUAUUCUUUUUUAUCCUUAUGGAUCUUUUCAUCUUUAAUAUGUUA